AUGGUUGUCGUGCGAGGGGAGGCGGAGACCGGGCGUCUCUGUGACCGGGCGCUCCCCUCCGUGGAGAGCCGUGUGCGCCUGUCACGGAUCCGCCAGACGGCAGGGGUCCGCCAGGCCUGGGCGGGCAGGGCAGGCUCCUCCGCCCUCCGUCCCUGCCCGGGCUGCUCCUGGGGACCCCUGACCGCGGGUUCUGUGCCCACAGUGCCAGAGAAGCCCGAGCCAGUGCCGCUGGAGAGCCGCUCCUGUGUCCUCAUCCGCCGUGACCUGGUGGCCCUGCCCGCCAGCCUCAUCAGCCAGAUCGGGUACCGCUGCCACCCCAAGCUCUACUCGGAGGGCGACCCCGGCGAGAAGCUGGAGCUGGUGGCAGGCUCGGGCGUCUGCAUCUCGCGGCGCCAAGCCAGGGAGUUCCCUCGAGGCUGGGAGGGUAGCCAGGGACCGCCCUUGAGGAGUCACGAGGCUGCCUCCCAGGAGAGCGAGAUGAACGUGAUCGCGGCGGACAUGUGCACCAACGCCCGCCGCGUCCGGAAGCGCUGGCUGCCCAAGAUCAAGUCCAUGCUGCCCGAGGGCGUGGAGAUGUACCGCACGGUCAUGGGCUCCUCGGCCGGCGUGGCCCUGGACCCCGAGUUCCCGGCCGCGGCCGCGCAGGUGUUCGAGCAGCGGCUGUACGCGGAGCGGCGGGGCGACACGGCCGCCAUCGUGGCCCUGAGAACUGACGCCGUGAACGUCGACCUGGGCGGCCCGGCCAACCCCCCCUUCGAGGCCGGAGAGGAGGCCGAGGGGGCCGGCUCCGUCAUCCAGGAGGUGGCCGCGCCCGAGCCGCUGCCCCCCGACGGCCAGAGCCCCCCGCAGCCCUUCGAGCAGGGCGGCCCCGGCUCCCGGCCCCCGACGCCCGCGGCCCGGAGGCCAGACGGCGCCUACGCGGGGACUCUGUAGAGGCCGCGCCGGGGACGGACGGCCGGAGCUGCUUGCAUGCGUUACUAAUACAAACCAAUGUGAUCGAGCCACUCACCUACUGAUCGGCUGUUGCCUGAAAACAAUGUGAUUUCUA